AUGAAGCUGUCUCUGGUGACUGCUGUCUACAGCCUCAUCGCCUGCAGCUUCUGCUUGUCAGACUUGAAUUUUACAUCUCCUCCAACGUCGCAACAAGUUCUGCGUAGCGACUUCAAACCACCACCAGUCUUUCAGAACCUUAACCUGGUGCGAAAUACGAAUCUCGACAAAGGCUACGUUAGAGAGACCAUCAAUGUCGUGAUCGAGAAUGUGGACAAAGAGUCUCAAUCGGAGUACUAUCUCCCUUUCGAAUACGAUGUCAUUGCCAAAGUUGGUGGUAUCGAAGUAAGGGACAAGAAAAACACAGAAAAGGGCAGAUUCGAUGUGCGAAUGGCGGCUAUGAGUGCAGUGCUCAGAGAGGAUGGCACUCCCACCAAGUUGGUGUCCUCUCAUCAUGACAGACCAUCUCUAAUGGCAUGUAGAUCAACACAAUACUACAUUAUUCGAUUUCCCGAACCCCUGCCGUCCAAGGCUCAACUGACCUUAGCAAUCUCCUACCACUUCCUUUCUUCCCUUACGCCGCUUCCUGCAAACAUUAGACAAGAUGAGACCCAAUACCUUACCUAUUCGUUUUCCGCAUACGUGCUCUCUGUCUAUACAACCCUUAAGCAGAAAACGAAACUUAAACUUCCCACCACAGAUGUACCAGAGUACACAACAACUGCUGGCUUGAAGAGUGGCUCAGAUCCUGAAAAACAGGGAACAUCUUUCACUUAUGGACCCUAUGAAACAGAAGAUAUCCCUCCGGGGACAGCUCAUCCUGUAUCCAUCCGAUACGAGUUCACGAAACCAGUCCUGGUUUGUUCCUUACUGGAGCGCGAUAUCGAGGUCUCACACUGGGGUGGAAACCUGGCAAUUGAGGAACGAUACUGGCUGCGAAACGAUGCUGCGACAUUGUCAGACAAUUUCAGUCGUAUCAAAUGGGCUACUCAGAGCUACUACAAUGGUCCAACCUCUGCACUGAGGGAGCUUAAGGUGCCGCUCAAGCCUGGCAGUGUUGAUCCAUAUUUCACGGACGACAUCGGAAACGUCUCCACUAGCCGUUACCGGCCAAAUAGGCUUCGCGAUGCAUCACUCGAGCUUAAACCAAGAUACCCUGUAUUUGGUGGCUGGAAAUACAGCUUCCGGAUCGGCUGGAACAAUCAUUUAGGGAGCUUCUUGCGCAAAUUGAAAACAGAUCAUACUUACAUCCUUAGCGUACCUUUCCUGGAAGGGCCGAAGAUGCAAGAAGGCAUUCAAUACGAACACGUACAGGUCCGAGUCAUACUACCAGAAGGUGCAGAAAAUGUCCGAUGGGAGUUGGUUGGGGGAACCGGUCUGCCUACUCUGCAGUCAGAGGUGUCUUUGCACAAGACUUUCAUGGAUACCACUGGAAGAACGGCGCUGAAAUUAACUGCAAUGAAUUUGGUCGACGAGGCGAGAGAAGCCAGUCUGGUGGUCGUCUACGACUAUCCAUAUCUGGCAGCAUUUAGAAAGCCGUUGACAAUAUUUGUGGGGGUGUUUGGUGUAUUUGUAGCAGCAUGGGCUAUUGCGAGGGUUGAUACGAGUAUUGGGAGGAAAUGA